AUGGAGGAGAACAUCAACGGCACCUACCUCAACACGAACAGCUACUCAAUCAACGCUACGUACUGCACGCCCAAGACCGGAAAGAAGGACAACUCGUCCUUGAUCACUGCCGUCCACGGCAUUGGCUUUAACUCGCAGUACUGGAACUUUGCCUACGCUCCCGAGUAUUCGCUCGUCAACCAGGCUACCUCUGCCGGUUAUGACAUCCUCCUCUACGAUCGACUGGGCACUGGUGGCAGCAGCACCCCUACGAAUGGUCUCGACGAACCCCAGGCUGCCACUGAGGUUUCCAUCUUGGCUGGUAUUCUUCAGCGAGCUCGUAACGGAACUCUCAUCAACGGCACUUCCUUCGACAGAGUUGUCGCUGUCGGACACUCCUACGGUUCCAUUCAAGUCCAGGCUCUUACUGCACAGGCUCCUGAGCUCCUUGACGGUGCCGUCCUGACCGGAUACUCUACUUCCACUGCUAGCAUCGUUCAAUUCCUCCUCGGCGCUGCCUUCGAGCCUGCUGCCCGUGUUCUGCCCAACACCUUUGCUUCAAAGCCCCGCGUCUGGCUCGCUGCUGGCUCCAACGCCUCAAUUGUGCAAAACUUCCUCUGGCCACCCAACUAUGCUCAAGGCGCCUUCGAUGUAGCCUACGCCGGUGGUGAUACGGUCUCUCUGGGUGGCCUCUUCAGUCUUGCGUCCGUUACCGCAAAUGCUACUCGCUUUACUGGACCACUCUUUGUGCUCACCGGUGAGCGUGACUUGCCCUUCUGCGGUAACGACUGUACGACCGGCGACAAGGUCACCUCGGUGCAGCAACUCUACCCCGCGACUUCCAACUUCACCUCGAAGCUCGUCAAUGAGACCGGACACGGCCUGACUGUGCACUACACUGGUCCUCAGAGUCAGAGGGACAUUGUCCAAUUCUUCAUCGACAAUGGCCUUUGA